GGCCAGCUUGCCGCGCUCCUCAGUGCCAACAGUUCUCUCAUCAUCUAUACUAGAGUAACAGUAGCUCAGUCCCAGAGGGGGAGUAGUGGUGUUCUAGCGAGUUGCUGACGAGUAUUACUGGAAUAUAACCAUGUCGCAGACAGUGGUGGAGACCCCGCGGGUGGUGGAGAUGGCGGAGCAGGAGCAAGAUGAGGUGUGUGUGGUGUGUUUCCGAGGUGUGGAGAUCUACAGCGUCGGUGAGUGUGAUCACCCCGUCUGCUAUGAAUGUUCCACCAGGAUGAGGGUACUCUGUGCCAGGAAUGAGUGCCCGAUAUGCAGGAAAGACAUGUCCAAGGUAGUGUUCACACAUACAGUGACAGCAUUUGCAGAUAUCCGGACCCGAAACAUGCUCUUUGAACGGCGCUAUGCUAUAUUUUUUGAAAACGAGACAGCUAUGAGAGCGUAUGACUCUUUGCUGCUGCACACGUGCCUUGUCUGUGAUGACCACCCCACUUUUCGAAAUUUCACUCUGCUUAAGGACCACAUGAGAAAGUUUCAUGAACGCUUCUACUGUGAACUGUGUGUGGAGCACCUCAAGAUAUUCACUCAUGAACGUCGCUCAUAUACUCGAUCGCAGUUAGCUCAGCACAGACGUAAGGGUGAUACUGAUGACAGAAGCCACCGUGGUCACCCACUUUGUGAAUUUUGUGAUGCAAGAUUCAUGGACAAUGAUGACCUAUUUCGUCACUUGCGGCGCGAUCAUUUCUUCUGCCACUUCUGUGAUGCUGAUGGCUUGCAUCAGUAUUAUGACGACUAUAAUGCAUUGCGAAAACAUUUCCGCUCUGACCACUACUUGUGUGAAGAAGGAGACUGUCAAGAAGAACGGUUUACAUCUGUAUUUCGCACUAAGCUAGAUUUGCAAGCUCACUGUACCCAGACUCACAGCCAGAACAUGAGUAAGCAGGCUGCCAGACAAGCUCGCACAGUAGAUAUAGAAUUUACUGUUAAUCACCGACAACAGGACAGCCAUCGGCAAGAUGAGAGAGGGGGAAGAGGAGGUCGGGGAGGAAGAGGAGGCAGGGGUGGAAGAGGUGGAAGGAGGUGCUGGCAGCAUACAGAAAACUUGACGGAGGGCGGGGCUGCACCACUUUAUUUGCCGUGUGUGUCGUGUGCCAGCAGGUUCUUGCCCAGGCGGACUUCAGCCAGCACAUGGAGACGCAUGACGAAACCACUGUGGAGUUUCCUUCACUGGCUCAAGUAUCCUCACACAUGCUCAAGAAGUGAGAGAACUCUUCAGCAGGUGUGUAAUGUGGAAUAAUCACUGGAAGCACCACCUGUUGAGAAUCACUGUAAUGUGUAUUAUUAGAGGAAAAGACAAUACCAUAUACAGCGUCUUAAUUGUUCUCAUUGUGUACAUAUGUAAAUUAUGGUAAAUUCAUUAACAUGGUGAGGCAUCUUAGUAGUGCACAUCCCACUUGGUAUUCUGAAUAUAAAUUAAAAAGCUUGAAAUACCAAAUUCCUUAUGAAAAAAAAAAACAAAUGCAAGAAAGCAAGUCUUUCAGUUAUAGGUACAAGAUUUAUUAAGAGUAGUGGCCAAGAAAUGCUCUUAUUUCAUCAUUUUAUUGAAUGCAUUUUGUUUGAAGAUAUUUCUUCUGAUGCUUAUUUAUGGUGGCAAGGAGAACUAGUCAGUGAUUUUUAAUAACUUGACAGAUAAUUGAUAAUGAUUUCUCUUCUAUGGUGAAUAUUUAUUAUAUGUAAUUGGGGGUGUUGGUUUUGUCAUUGAUUCUAUUCUAGCCUUGCAAGAUACAACAAAAAGAAUCGUCUUCUGUUUUCUGUGAUAUGUAAAGAACUAAAAGUGCAUUACUUUUCAGCGAUACCUUAGAGUAAACAUCCAUGGUCGUCUACAGAAACACUAUUAUGGCAAAAAUAAAAAAUUAUUUUUUAUUGA